AUGGCCACGCACGAGGCUCACCACAACGCCGUCCCUCCACAGGACGUGGAGAAGGACGUGCAUACCUCUGGUGCCGACCACUACAAUGGUGCCAAUGGUGCUCAUGUAGGCCAAAACACAUACUCACGACAAGCCGGGCCUUUCUCCCGCGUUGCCGACUACCGGAACAUGACUGAAGGAGAAGCGCAGGCAUUCGGCGGUUCGCUCCAACCCGGCGUAUGGAAGCCGUACGAGCACAGAAAGUUCGCCAACCCGGCGCCCCUCGGUCUGUCGGCUUUCGCCCUCACGACGUUUGUCCUUUCUUGCGUCAACCUCCACGCUCGCGGCGUGACUGCGCCUAACAUUGCCGUCCCUCUCGCCUUUGGAUAUGGAGGUCUUGUCCAGCUCCUCGCUGGCAUGUGGGAGAUGGCCGUUGGCAACACCUUUGGUGCCACUGCCCUUUCAUCGUACGGCGGUUUCUGGAUCGCAUACGGCAUCCUCUUGACCCCCAACUGGGGCAUCAUCGCCACGGACGGCCCCUAUGCCGCCAACUACUCUGACCACUACUCGGCUGUUGGCUUCUUCCUCACGGGCUGGUUCAUCUUCACGACGCUGCUGCUUCUCUGCACCCUUCGCUCGACCGUGGUCUUCUUCUCCCUCUUCUUCACCCUCGACUUGGCCUUCCUCUUCCUCGCCUGCGAGAACUACGCCGCCAACAACGGCGCCUUGACCGCGUCGCGCAACUUGCAGAUUUGCGGUGGUACAUUUGGUAUGCUUGCCGCGUUUUUGGCGUGGUAUUGUGCAUUGGCAGGUCUUCAAGACGAUAGCAACUCCUUCUUCCAGGUUCCCGUUUUCCACCUCCCGUGGUCCGAUAAGGGCAAGGAGCUUCGCCGGGCCAAGAGCAACGUCGCCUAA